AUGAGCAAUCUUUGUGGGCCGCACAGCAUUUUCCUUAAAUGUCCACAAAGAAGUGAUGAGAACACAAGCAGCGUGGCGCAGCGGAAGCGUGCUGGGCCCAUAACCCAGAGGUCGGUGGAUCGAAACCACUCGCUGCUAUCUUGUUUUCCACCCUUCUCCGAUGAAUGCUGCGCCGUCUACCGCGCAGACGUCCACUGCCAAAUUCCGUGA